AUGGCCAAAUAUUUAGCAUCGAUGUUGGGACUUUCUGCAGGUAAUCGUGAACAUCAUAUACUUACUUUCACUUUAUUUCAUUUUCGGUUCUCACCUCCAACAGACGAUGAAAUUAUGAAACUGCUCGAGACGAGUGACUUGAGUUCCUUGUCAGACGAAGAUGAUCCUGUUGAUGAACCUCCAACUCCACCUGAACGAAUUGGUGUGCUUGAAGUUGAGGGAUGCAAUGUGGAUGUUACUCCUGAGGCACCUGCAUCAGCUUCAUCUUCUCACUGUCGUCCACUAAGAUGGAGGCAAUCUAAGAUGUGUAAUCGACAGCCUUCUGACGACAACUUUGAAGAACAGACUGAUGGUGAACUGAGAAACCCUUCACAGUUUUUCUUCGAGUACUUCGAUAAAAAUUUCUGGAAAAAUUUUGCAGGACAAACUAAUUUAUAUCAUUGCCAAAAGAACUCAAACAGUCUGGAUACAAAUACUAAUGAAAUUUUGUCCCUUGUCGGAAUUGAGAUAUUGAUGGGUACAUUGAAAGUGCCCCAGGCAAGACUUUACUGGAAUAUGCAACUGGAUAUUCCACUUGUAUCAUCAACCAUGACAAGAGAUAGAUACUACAAAUUACGAAAUAAUCUGCAUUUUGUAAAUAAUUUGGAAGAUCAUGACGUAAAUGACAAACUUUGGAAGGUUAGACCUUUAAUUGAUGCUUUUAGAAAUAAAUGUAUUAGUUUACCCAGGUCUCAACACCUUUCUUUGGAUGAACAGAUGAUUCCAUUCACGGGGAGGUGUAAGAUGCGAACAUAUGUACCUUCCAAACCUAAUCCACUUGGCCUCAAAUAUUUUGUCUUAGCGUCAUCAGAUGGACUUGUCCUUGAUUUUGCUAUAUACACUGGCAAAGGAACAAUUCCUGACAGCGAUCAAAAAGAACAUGGCCUGGGAGCGGGUAUACUCAAACUACUGGCUAGAACGUUACCCAAUGAUUACAAUCAUGUAAUUUACAGUGACAGAUUUUUCACCAGUUCAAAAUCUGUUCAGCUUUUACUAGACAGGAAUAUAUUUCAGACAGGAGCUGUGAUGGCCAAUAGAAUAAAAGAAGUAGCUUCUAAGUUCAAGAGAGAUCAGGAGCUGCAGCGGGGGCAAUGGGAUGAGUACGUAAGGGAGGACCAGGAAAUUUGUGCCCUCAAAUGGAAGGACAAUAAAUCCGUCACUUUGUUAUCCCCGUGCAUAGGGAGCGAACCAGAGGGUAGCUGCAAACGGUGGUGUAAUACAGAAAAAGCAAAGGUUAGUGUCAAACAACCAGCCAUCAUCAAAAGCUAUAAUCGCAAUAUGGGUGGCAUUGAUCUUUGUGGUAGAUACAUGGAAUACUAUAGGUCAAACAUCAGAACAAAAAAGUGGACUGUCAGAGUAUUCAACCACUUCACUGAUGUAGCCAUAAUUAAUUCAUGGAUUAUGUACAAAAGGUGUUGUCAAAAAGAAGGGAUACCGAAAGAAAAGUGGAUGUCUCACAUAAACUUCAGAAUUCACUUGUCCCACGACUUGGUAAAGUCUUCAAAAAUUGUAGACUCACUGGAACUGUCGAAAGAAAUUUCUCCGAGUGUGACACGGAAGUAUGUCAGCAGUUCUGAUGAAGAUGAGCAGCAUCAGCCCACAAAACGAAGACGAAUUGUACCAAAGCCAACUAGAGAAAGCAAAUGUGACAGGGUUGACCACCUUCCUGAAUAUAUUGAGAGUAGUUUUGCCUCAAGGUGUCGGUUACCAGGGUGCAAGUCACGUUCCCGCAUAAUGUGCAAAAAGUGCAAAGUUUAUUUGUGCGUAUUAAAAAACAAUUGUUUUGCUAAAUUCCAUAAACAUGAGAAGUGUUCAUAA